UAAUAUAUUUUUUUACUCAUUUAUAAAUCCAUAUAAGUCAAAACAAAACAAUAAUUUUAUUUUUUAUUGAUAAAUCAAUAAAAACCAAUGAGAAAUGUAUAUUUUAUAUAUUAUAAUGACCAUCUGUAUUACCCUGCUUUCUAAAUUUCGCUUCUAUUACAGUUUUAAGAAAAUUUAAUAUGCUGCAAAUUAAUUUGUUAAUAAUGUGUUAAUAUUGUUCCAUUCAAAUUUUAAUGAGCCUAUAAAAAUAUUUUCAUUUUUUCUGUUGUUUUUGGAGCAAAUUUCUUUUUAAAUGAUCGAAUAUGUGCUCAAUUGGAUUUAAGUCAGGUCUCUGCGAAAUCCAUUGCACCAUAUGAAUAUUGUUUUCUGAAAAACAGUUCAUAGUAACUUUAGCUUGGUGCUUCGGAUCAUUAUCUUGUUGAAAUAUGAAAUUGUUUUAAAAAACCAUAUUUCCCGAUGGUAUCGAAUAAAUUUUCUUUUAACAUAUCAAUGUAUUUAAUUAUCGUUAAUUUAUCAUUAAGGACUACUAAAUUUGUUAAUCCUCAAGCAUUGAAGCAUCCAUAGAUUAUUAUAGAAUCACCUUUAUAUUUCAGGGUCAUUUUUAUAUUACCUUGUUUAAAAGAUUCAGCUAUAUUUCUUCAAAUACAACGUUAUCUAUUAUCAUUCAAUAUUUUAAAUUUAGUGUCAUUUCAUAUAAUAUAUUCAAUAAAAUAAUGGGACGUAACAUAACAAUAAGACAUCUGUCUGUGUAUACUCGAAUUGAUGGUAGGUGCGUUAACUUACUUUCCGGGGCGGUUGUAUUUAAUAUAUUUAAAGAAGAUAAUGAAGAAAGUCGUUUCAUUAAAAAUUUGUUCUCUUCGUUGUCGUUUCAUUUACAGUUUUCUUACUUAUCAUAUCAACACAAAACAAAGAUAAAUAUGAUUCAUGAAGUUUGAACAUUUUUUAUAUUUGUCAUUCAAUGUUAAAAUAAUUUGUACUUUAACAUUGAAUGACAAAUAAUUAAAUCAUGCGAUGUGUGAAUCGAUUGUUGGUAUGUCGAAAGAAUCGUAAUUGUUUGUAACAAUAUCCAUAGAUAUGAGAAACGUUUGAUUAUUGUUUACAAAAAUCGAUGAUUGACCAGGAAGUGGUUGGUAAAUGGUACAAAUGGAAUAAAUCAAGCGAGUAAAGCAUAAUUCGCGAACUAAUUCUCCAAUCGAUAUGUUUAUGAGAUUAGUUGGGAUGCGGUGGAUCGAAUAAUAAGCAUUGAUUUUGGGAUUUAAUUAGAAGAUGAAUCAAAUUUUGACGAAUAGUAUAAAUUUUAUUUACGUUAUCAUCUUAUUAUUCAAAUUAAUAAAUUGACGACGGCGAUUAAUGAAUAAUUAUCCUCAUUUUAAAUCCCUGUCCUCAAUUAUUAAUAUUUUAAAAGUAAUUUUUUUCCCUUUGAUCGAAUUCAGAAAAACAACGUUUUAUUUUUACGAUUUUUAUUUUAUCUAGAAUAAUUGACUAAUAUUUAACUGACUGACUCGAACUUAAAUUAUUCUCUCCCUAGUUCUAGUGAUUUUAGCAAAUUAUUACAAAAUGUGAAAAGUUAAAACAAAUACGUUUUAAUUUAGAUCAGAAUUGGAUAAAUCUAUUCUGAUGGUUGAGAGAAUAAUGUAGAUUGAAUGAAAACAAAUAUUUGAUUCCUUAUAUAUCUCGUUAAAAUGUUUUAUCUAAUUCUUGUAAACAUAGUUCAAUGCCAUGUGACGGCGAUCGACAAUACUCAACUGAAGAAAAGUUUCGUCAUGCUCCAAAUGCUCCUUUGCUUCUCGCUUCUCUUUUCUCGUGGAAAAUCUAAAGUGAUUUAUAGCAUCCACGAAAUGAAUGAAAUAUGGAUCAGUUAUGCUUCAUUAUUUACUGCCCUAUGUUUUUUGAGUGUUCUGAAAUCAAAUUAUGCAAUUUUACAAAAUUCAAUAUUAUCAAUAACAAUUUCGGAUAAUCAUGACGACCUUGAGAAAAAGGAAAAUAAAUUCCUUCGUAAUGCUAACCAAAAACCGAACAUUAUUAUCAUUGUUGCCGAUGAUAUGGGCUGGAACGAUGUUAGCUUUCAUGGCUCCAAUCAAAUCCCAACACCUAAUAUUGAUGCACUCGCGUAUAAUGGCGUUAUCUUGAAUAGUCACUACGUAUCACCUCUUUGUACACCUAGUAGAGCAACAUUAAUGACAGGAAAGUAUCCAACUCGACUUGGCUUGCAACAUUCUGUUUUAUUACAUGCCGAACCAAGAGGACUUCCUUUGAAUGAAAAAUUACUUCCCGAGUACUUAAAAGAGGCUGGCUAUGUAACGCAUGCUGUUGGUAAAUGGCACUUAGGAUAUUAUAAAAAAGUCUACACUCCUACCUAUCGCGGUUUCGAUACUUUCUUUGGAUACUAUAACGGCGUUCAAGACUAUUACACGCAUUCUAGUGCCGAUUUGAGUGAAACAAACGUGUUGGAAGGUUUUGAUAUGCGACGAAAUCUCUCAAUAGCCUGGAAUACAUUAAAUAAAUAUUCAACCGAUUUAUUUACGGAGGAAUCAGUGAAAUUAAUCAAUUAUCACGAUACUAAAGAUCCAAUGUUUCUUUAUCUCGCACAUUUAGCGCCACACAGUGGAAAUUCUAAAAAUCUUUUACAAGCACCCGAUGAAGAAAUAGCAAAAUUUGGAUAUAUUCAUAAUCCAGAAAGAAGAACUUAUGCAGCGAUGGUUUCUAAAUUGGAUCAAAGCGUAGGUGAGGUAGUUGCAGCUUUAAGAAAUCGCGGCAUGUUGGAAAAUAGUAUAAUAUUAUUUAUCAGUGAUAACGGAGCGCCAACAAUAAAAAUUUUAAGUAAUCAUGGUAGCAAUUAUCCCCUUAGAGGCAUAAAAGAAACCCCUUGGGAAGGUGCUGUACGAGGAGUCGCGGCUAUUUGGAGUCCAUUCAUAAAAAAAUCAAAGAGAGUCUCAUACCAAUUAAUGUCUAUUGCUGAUUGGCUUCCAACGCUACUUUCUGCGGCAGGAUUAAACAAAAGCCAAUUAGGUAAGAUAGAUGGUUUGGAUCUUUGGGAAACUAUAGCGGGAAAUCAAAUUAGUCCUCGAUCUGAAAUACUCAUCAAUAUCGAUGACAUUAGCAAUUAUGCUGCCAUUCGUUAUGGAGAUUUUAAAUACAUUACGGGUGAUACUGGUAUCAACGAUGAGUGGCUAGGAGAGAGUGGCAAACCAAGCGAAGAAUCUGGUUUUCCACCAGUAUACGAUCCUAAUCAAAUUCUGCAAAGCAAAACGGGUAUCGCUAUUGCUGGUGUGAUUACUGCUCAAGAGAUAAUCGAAUCGAGAAGAAGUAGAAGCGUUGAUGUUAAAGAUGAUAUUAAUAUAGGAUUCCAAAAGAUGAUGUUAACUGCAGAUCAAUUACUUGAUUUACGAAUGAAAUCAGAAAUUAAGUGCAAUGUUAGAGAAGAAGAUAUGAUAAAAUGCGAUGCUCUACUAGCACCUUGCCUAUUCAAUAUCGUUAACGAUCCUUGUGAAAUGAUAAAUUUAGCUGAAUCAAAACCACAAAUCCUUGCUUUGUUGGAGCGAGCUAUACUGAAACAACGUUUUAACGUUGUACAGCCGACUAAUCAGAAGUCAGAUGAUUUGGCGAAUCCAUUGUUACACAACAAUACGUGGGUCCAUUGGGGCGACAUUGAUGAUUUAAACAAAACAAAAUUAUUGAAUCAUUUUCAGAAUAAAGAUUCUAUUAAAUAUCCUAUUGAAUUAGUGGCAACAAUAUCUAUACUCGUUGGUCUUUUUAUCUUGGGUAUAAUAACCCUUUUUGCAUUGGCAUAUGGAAAACAAUACAAGACAAAGAACAGAAGAGACUCGAAGGAUACAAAAAAUCUUAAUAGAGUCAAAAAUGUCAAUGAGAUCGAAAGGUACUCUAUAUCGGAUAAUGAAGGUGAAAAGAAAUCCAAUAGUGUCAAUUCAAAUAUAAUGAAAGAUUUUACUAUGAAAUGACGAUUGGUUUCAAGGUGCACGACACCUAAAUUCAAAACUACUAUAAAGAUUUCUUAUUGUGUUCAUAAAUCUAUGAAAACAUAGUAUACGUUUGUUUUAUAUUAUAUAUAUUAUAUUCUCCUAAUAAAGAGAAUAAUAUUCUCUUUGUUAGGAGGAGAUGUAAAACAAAUAAUAUUAAUUAUCCAAUCGAAUGAAUUUUCAAAUACAAAAAGAAAUUUUCGUGUCACUUUAUAAUCGAUCUCCAGAUAAUAGUCUCGACGAUAUAGGCCAAAAUAUAUCGAUUAGAUGACUAUUUAAUAAUUUCGUGAUAUUGAAAUUCUUACUUGUACUGCAAGUAAAUCGAAUUUCCAGCAAGUUCACGUACAUUUUAUUCUUAUAUGUAAAUAUAUCUCUAUAUUUAAAUACAACAUAAUAUUAAAAAAAAAAUGUUUCGCUUAUUCUUAAUUUAACUAAUUUUAACCAUCGAAGCUAAACUUUAUCUGUUUAUUUUCUUAAUGAAGAUAUUUAAAUAAUUCGAAAACACUUACAUUAAUCAUUGUCGCAAAAAAAUAUAUAU